UACCUUACCUUGUACAGUAUUCUCUUUCUUCUUGAGAAAUGAGAAAAUAACCAACAGAAUGGUGGGUAUUUAAUACCUUUACAUAUUUAUUUGUGGACAAUGGAUGAUGCAAAGUUUGAAGUCGAAGAUAACAAACAGUCAUACGUUCCAAAAGAAGACCCAGUAUGUCCAGUAGAGUGUGCCGUCUGUCUUCAACCAUGUAUCCAUCCUGUCCAGUUGCCCUGUAGACAUAUAUUCUGCUUUUUGUGUGUCAAAGGUGCUGCUCAUCGGAGCAAGAAAUGUGCCCUCUGUCGCCAGGAAAUUGAGGCAGACUUCUUUAAUAAUCCUAAACUGUUACGGUAUGAAGAUUUAGAAAAGACAACCAAGUUUGAUAACCAAUACCAGUGGUUUUAUCAAGGUGGAAAUGGAUGGUGGCAGUAUGAUGACAGGACCAGUCAAGAGUUGGAGUCUAAACACAAAAAUGGGGAAAAAGUUUUUGAAAUUCUGAUUGCAGGAUUUCUGUACAUAAUUGAUUUUGACACCAUGGUACAGGUGAGACGCAAUGACAGGUCAAGGAAGAGGAAGAUUAGGAGGGAUCUUGUUUCCAUCCCAGGUGUGAAGGGAGUUGCAGGAUUAAAGUAUCCAAAAUCUACCUCCCCAUCUAAUGGAAGGCCAGUGGGAGAUGGGAAUGAACAGUCUAGUCAAACCAAUAAUCCCACAUCAAGAACUGCAAACACAAACAGACAAGUUCGUCAACCUGUUACAUCCCAUGGCCAGCCUUCAGUGCCACACACCCCCAGUAACACCCCCCAGAAUCCCAAUACUCCUGUAGACAGUCCACCUAGUAGUGUUCAGUCCUCUCAACAAGAUCUCAUCAAUCAGCUACAAAGUCUCAACCUACCCAGUGAUGACUCCGACACAAACGAAGCCCCUGUAACAAGGCAAGUCCCAAGUGGAAGUAAUGGCAAUAGUCCAGUCUCUUCUAGGACUCGUAGUUCUGUUAACGAAAUAGUCCGUCCAGGAAACCCAGCUAGUAGUCGUAAUAGGACAAGACAAACCAUACAGUAUGUUGACUCUGAUUCCAGUGAUAAUGAUGUUGUGUAACAUUUUAAUCCACCUUUAUUGGGAAAAUAGUUUUUAAAAAAUCAGAAGUUAAAUUUGGAGUUUUGGGCAAAAAAUAAACAGUAUUGGUUGUCAUUAUAAAAAUCUUGUUCCAACAUUUUAUAUGUUGUAACAAAUACACGGACAGGGCAGGCAUUAUUUGUUUUGUCCGACUCUUCAUAUGUUUAACUUAACUGUUGUGUAACUUUUAAAACUUAUAGUACAUUGAAACAUUCUAGUUGGGGGAUUUUUACUUACCUAUUCCUGAAUUUGAAUUAUUUUACUUUCUGUAUGACAAUAAUGUCAAUUAAUUCAGCUAAUUACUGCAAUUCAUUUAUACUAUCUUGUCUAAUUGGUAACAUAUUAUUAUUUCCAUCGUAUCAAAAUUAUAUCCUUCUCAUCAUUUCAAAUCUUCUUUUAAAUACAGAAAUUUAAAAGCUAGAGUAAAAAGUUUAAGCUGUAUAAAAACACACAAGCUCUCAAUAUGCUUUCUAUGACUUUGUAUAGAUUAAUAAGUUUUGAAAAGCUCAGAUUAUACUGCUGUUAGAAAUGUUUGUAAGUUGUUGUCUUAUUAUUAUGUAGUGCACAUUUUAUUAUUUGUGUUCAAUAUAUUUAAAAGUUUAUUUUCCUGUAGAAUUUUUUUUAUUUAUGAGGACUGUGUAAAGGGGCUAAUAGCAUUUAAUGCAUUAUUUAUGUAGAGGAUAUGUUUACAAGUACUUAUUCACUGUGUGUGAUAUACAAGUUCAUGCGAUUAAAAAAAGUGCUGUUUAGACUUCAA